AUGCGGCGGCUCCCGCUGCUGCUGCCGCUGCUGCUGCUGCUCGGGAUGGGGCUGGGCCAGCCGGGAGAGCAGGGGGAACAGGGGCCGCUCGCCCCGUCGGGCGCGCAGUGCCUGCAGCACGCGUGUUUCGCCGUGUUCUGGGGGUCGCGGCCGUUCGCGGCGGCGAGCGCGGAGUGCGAGCGGGGCGGGGGGCACCUCAUGACCGUGCGCUCCACCGUGGCCGAGGAGGCGAUCGCGCUGCUGCUGCAGAGCCGCGGCGGGCGCCUGUGGCUGGGGCUCAGCCUGGCGCCCUCGCUGCGCUGCACCGAGCCCUCCCUGCGGCUCCGCGGCUUCCGCUGGGUCACCCGGGACAACCGCACGGACUACACCAACUGGGCGCCCUCGGGGCCGCGCUGCGGCGAGCGCUGCGUGACCGUGUCGCGGGAGCUGCUCUGGGAGGAGCGGCGCUGCGAGGACCCCGCCGACGGCUUCCUCUGCGAGUACAACUACGGCAGCAGCUGCCCCCUCCUGCCGCCCGCCGAGGGGCUCACCGUCAGCUACGCCACCCCUUUCGGCGCCCGCGGAGGGGAAUUCCUGGCGCUGCCGCCGCGCAGCGUGGCCUCGGUGCCCGCCCUGGGGCUGGAGCUGCGCUGCGACGAGGACGGCGAGGGCGGGCGGCUGCGCUGGGGCCGUGCAGCCCCCGGAGCGUGGCCGUGCCGCCUGGGCGGCGGCGGCUGCGAGGGCACCUGCAGCGAGGGCUCGGGCCGGCCGCGCUGCUCCUGCCCCGACGGCUCCGUGCUGGCUCCCGACGGGCGCGGGUGCCGCUCGCCCUGCGCGGGGGCUCCGUGCCAGCAGCACUGCGUGGUGUCCGGCAGCUCCUUCGUGUGCAUGUGCGACGCCGGGUACCACCUGGGCGCCGACGGCAGCACCUGCGAGGACAACGACGACUGCGCCAGCGAGCCCGGGCUGUGCGAGCAGCUCUGCGUCAACACCAUGGGCGGCUUCGAGUGCCGCUGCCACCCCGGCUACAGGAUGGUGGACGGGCACUGCCAGCGCGAGUCCCACUGCUACCGGGCGCCCUGUGAGCAGAGCUGCGAGGACGUGCCCGACGGGUACCUCUGCGGGUGCUACGAAGGCUACGCCGUGGACCCGCGGGACCCCAAGCGGUGCCAGCCGCACUGCAGCGACAGCCAGUGCCCGCCCCUGUGCGACCAGUACGGCCAGGACUGCAAGUGCCCCGAGGGCUUCGUGCUGGACGACGAGGAGCUCUGCGUGGACAUCGACGAGUGCGACAUGAACUACUGCGAGCACAACUGCACCAACCAUCCCGGCGGCUUCCAGUGCCACUGCCCCGCCGGCUACCGGCUCGUCAACGACAUCGACUGCGCCCCGGUGCCCGAGCAGGAACCGGAGGGACCGUACUCGGGCGAUUUCGAACCCCAGACGCUCCCCCCCGACACGGCCGUCCCGCGGACGCCCGAGCCCAGCCGGACCCCCCCGAAGGCGGAUCUGCUCCAUCCCGGUGCCCUGGUGGGCAUCGCCGUGGGCGCCGUGCUGACCGCCCUGGCCCUGCUGGCUCUGGGGUACCACCUGGCAAAGAAGCGCUGCCGGCCCCCCGCCACCAUGGACUACAAGUGCGGGGGUCCCCACGAGAAGGAGCUCGGGCUCCAACCGGUGGCCUCGGGCUGUGCCGGCCCCGCACAGAAACUGUAGGAGCUCCGGCCAGGACGGAGAGAGGGAGGUGGACCGGACUGGGUAAUAUUUACACCCCCCACACACCUCGCCCCUGCUGCAAUUUUUUAAUGAUGAUUUGGGAAAAGCUGUGAUCAACCCACUUCUAAAAAUACUCGCUGCUUUCCAGCCGGCUCUUGCGAUGCUGGCGCCAGAGAGCCAGGAAGGCAGGAGGCUCGGAGGCUGCUCCGUUCCUGCUCCGUUCGUUCCUGCUCCAUUCCCGCUCCCCUUCGCAGGCGGCAGCCGGCAUUCAGCUUUCCUUUUCCCGAGCCAGUGGUCGGGGAAGCCCCAAGGGAAAACCUAGGAGGGACAUCUCCAUCUG